AUGCAUAGAGCACAUGAGUUUGAGGCUGGAAGUUUCCGAGUGUCGAAAAAUUUCAAGGCAAAGGCAAAAGAAGUGUUAAUAGAAUUGCUGAUUAUGAUCAACGGGUGCAAUCUCAAAGCGGUAAUAGAUACUGGUAGCCAGCUAAAUAUAGUUUCGGAGGAAACAUAUGAGAAUUUCAUCAAGCUUCCCAUCAAUAGAAGCAAAACGCUAACACUGCAUGACACAAAUGGCAGCACAGGUCAUCUCAAGGGACUUGUAUCUCAAGUUCCUAUUAGAAUAGGUUCAGUACUUACUUUUGCUGAAAUUUACGUAGGAGCCUCGGUACCAUUUGAUAUUCUAUUAGGUAGACCUUGGCAAAUACAUAAUGCAGUGUCUAUACAUGAACGACAUACAGGGACUUGGCUAGAAUUUGGACAUAGCCCC